AUAUACAUAUGUGUGAACUGUGACUGUCAGAAAACAAUAAAAAAUUCUACAUUCAUUUUUAAUCUAAUAACUAAUUCCAUUCUCCAUUGUGUGUGUUAUUAAACAAAUUUGAAUUUUCAUAAAAGACAAUUUUCCAUCAUCAAAAACAUAAUUACUAUCCCAAUUAUGCCAUUGAAAACCUUUUUUUAACUAAAUUUUAUAUUUGUAUGUCGUCUUGAUACUCUCUGUCGUCUGCGUGAAAAUUUGCAAUAAAAUAAAAAUUCAAAAUGUCUUCUACAUCUGGGGCAAGUGGUAGUGGUCGUGGACGAAAUGGAAGCGGUGCAACAAACUCCACUUCCAAUGAAGCCAAACCAGAAACCAAGGAGACCAAAACCAAUCUGAAAAUUUCGAAAGCCCUGAGUACCUCAGCUAAACGAAUUCAAAAAGAAUUGGCCGAAUUAACUUUGGAUCCGCCACCAAAUUGUAGUGCCGGACCAAAGGGUGACAAUUUGUAUGAGUGGGUUUCCACAAUCUUGGGUCCACCUGGAUCUGUCUAUGAAGGUGGCGUCUUCUUUCUUGAUAUUCACUUCUCACCCGAAUAUCCAUUUAAGCCUCCUAAAGUCACCUUCCGUACGAGAAUCUAUCAUUGUAAUAUAAAUAGCCAAGGUGUUAUUUGUUUGGAUAUCUUGAAAGAUCAAUGGUCGCCGGCACUUACUAUAUCUAAGGUAUUGCUGUCAAUUUGUUCCCUGCUGACUGACUGCAAUCCGGCUGAUCCUCUGGUUGGAAGCAUUGCAACACAAUAUCUUCAAAAUCGAGAAGAACAUGACCGAAUUGCAAGGCUUUGGACUAAGAGAUACGCAACAUGAUUAUAUUAACAGCGAAUACCUACCUACAACCUACAGGAUUUCGCAGAUCUGCCAAAUCAAUAUUUGUGGUCUUGUGGGGUCUACAAGAGUAUGGAUGUAUAAUAAUAUAAUUUUACUACAUUAAAUACAAGAGAAUUCAAUAAAAAUUAUUAUCCUAUAGUAUUAAAAUACAAUUAUUCAAAGAA